ACGGAUGUAUCAUAGACGAUAACAAAAGAGUUGAGUAAUUGGUCUUCCCUGGUUGAGGUUGUGAGAGGUGCUUCGUGUCCGUGCUAAUAAUGUCUUCUUCUCUUUCAAUUCCGAUUCCAUUUCCGAUCGCAAUGGAUUCUGCGUCGUCUUUGACGGUGACACAGAUAGCGCUUUUCAAACCUCUGAAGCAGAAGCAUCAUUUCGUCAGAGGCAGAGUCAGUGUUAUUAGACCACUUCAUCGCCGCCUCAACUCCGUUUCGCCUCCGCGGUGCUCUUCCGCCGGUGACGACGCCGUCAUUACUCUCCAUGUUGGGGGAAUGAUGUGCGAGGGAUGUACAAAUAGCGUCAAAAAAAUUCUAGAAAGCCGACCGCAAGUGUUAUCUGCUCAUGUAAAUUUGACAUCCGAGACAGCAACCGUUUCCCUUGUGCCUGAACAAAAAACUGCACCAGAUGGUCUAAAGCAAUUGGGGGAGGAACUUGCACAGCAUUUAACUACAUGUGGUUUUACUUCUACCCUUCGAGUGACAGAUCAAGAAGAUAGCAGCUGAAGGAGUUCUUAUUACAUCAUAUAAAGGCAAAAGAGUGGUUAUCUGGAGUCCAUGGUGAGUUUCUGCAGCCCCUUAGGCCUUAAUGGUGAAUAUUGGAGAGCCAUGUCUGUGCGUGCCUGGUGGCCCUGCAUGUUGUAGAAUUUGCCCAUAAACUAAUGUAAUACUAUUAGCGAUCUCUAUUCAUAAGAGAGCACUGUUUUUGUCAAGAAUUUCGCGGACUCAAUUCAUGCGGAGUUUUGUUGGGAUUUAUGUCUAUGAUGCGUAUGACAUUUUGUGGGUGAUUUCCAUUUUUCAUGACAAAUGAUUUCUUCUAGAUGUCGAUAAUAAACGAGUCAAUAUGAAGAUGUUCACAGCA